AGAAGUGACAGGAGGUGUCCGAGAGUCGAAGUGACAGGACCCUGACAGACAAUACGCAGGGAUCAAAGACAGACAAGUUUGCAUAAAGGACAGAACAGCGCCUGCGCAGACAGAGGAGCCAGCAGAGCUGUCACACCUGAGGGUUACUUUUAAGAAAAAGUUUAUUUCCUUCCUAAACCACGUGGACAAGUCACCCGGGUUCAUGUGCGACAUAUACAGCCUGGACUCUCACUGCGUGUCUCCACAAUGCAACAUGAGUUGGGCUAUGGAGCCUGCUAACUUCUACGAGAGCACCAAGCUGGGCGGUCCGCAGCAGGGGGUCUGCAAGCCGGGCAGCAGGGGCGACGGUGCGGCGGAGGACAGCACCAUGGUGGAGCUGAGCACCACUCCUGCCAUGUACGACGACGAGAGUGCCAUCGACUUCAGCCAGUACAUCGAGUCCAUGACAGCAGUGCCCAACCUGGAGCUGUGCAACGACGAGCUCUUCCUCGACCUGUUCAACACUGUGAAGCAGGAGAAGGCGGAUUUCUACAACCUGCAGAGCUCCUUGCUGCCCGGCGGCAUGCAGCAGCAGCUGCUGUCCGCCUACACCGCAGAGAGGAGGGCGGACAGCGGGCUGAACAAGGGGCCGUUCAACGCUCCCAUCAAGCAGGAGUCCGACUGGAGUGACAGCGACGUGUCUUCAUCCCUGCCGUCCCAGAUCGAGACCUGCGCCCAGACCUCCGUCAGCCUCCCCACGGGGCAGCCCACCCCUCCGACCACCCCGGAGCCCGUCUCCGCGGUGUGCACAGCCAAGUCCUCACCGAGGAAGAUCGGCAGGGAGAAGGGCAAGAAGGCGGUGGACCGGCUGAGCGUGGAGUACCGACAGAGGCGAGAGAGGAAUAACAUUGCAGUGAGGAAAAGCAGGGACAAAGCCAAGAGGCGCAACUUGGACAUGCAGCAGAAGCUGAUUGAACUGAGCGCAGAAAACGACAGACUUCACAAAACCAUCGAGCAGCUAACCAGAGAGCUCACCGGGCUCAGAGAGUUCUUCAAGCAGAUGCCCAGCUCCUCUUUCCCGGGCUCCACGAGUGUAGAGAGCCGGUGACAAAUUAAUUCUUCUAUGGACUGAGCUUUUAGAAGACAUACCUCAAACAGACACUUUACCAUCUGUACCAGAUGUAUUUUAAGCUUACCAUAAUGGCACUGGAAAAUAUGAUGUUGCUGCCAUAUUUUUGUGGGAUUCUCUCUGUAUUAAAUUAUUUUACCACUGCAUUUACAUGAUGUUAUACCUGAUAUGGUACAUGUUUUAUAAUUCCAAACUUUGUAUAAGAGCCAGAGCAUGAUCUUUUAUAUAGUUUGUAUGAAACCUUGAAAACAUUUGUUUAUGGAAUCUAUAAUAAAAUUGCUGAAAAGUU